UCUCACACCCCGGGGUUUUUGUAUCCUUUGUCCCCACCAACAAACCCCUCUUUCUAGAGAGAGAAAAUAAUAAAAACUGUUUUUUUCAUUUUUCCUGUUGCGUUCGUUAAUUGAAAUGAAAUGAUCAUUUUUUGCACAUACUAGAGAGAGAAAGAGAGAGAAAGAUAGACGUAUCUAUCUAUCUUCUAUGAGAAUUCAACCGAAUUUCUGAUGUAUAAUUUACGAAAAUUUGUGGUGAUUUCGUUUGUUUGUUGAUAAAAUUGUAUACGAGUUCAUCAUCAGUUGUAGAUUAGGUAGGUUAGAUAGAUAGAUGAGAAAAGUUUGAUCGAAGUUCGUUUGUGAUUGUAUUCAGGAUAUUGUUUCCGUUUGUGCAUUUCUGUGGCUUUUCCUGGCAUGUAUAUCUGAAAUAUGGUGUUUUUGAAGAGAACAUUGGACCAUGGAGUUAACGGCUACCAUACGCCUGCUAUUCCGAGAGCUCCUAGAUCCAUAAGAAAACGGGGGUACCGUCAGAAAUCGCUUGAAGUUGGCCAAGUAUGUGCAUUUGAGUUGCUGGCCACGGUUGCUGGAAAGUUGCUAGAAGAGAGUGAAUGCUCUUCUGCUUCGAGUAGUGCAGCUGUGGGAUUUGAUCAGUGUGGAAUUGAUAAAGAUGCUAUCAAGAAGGAGCCUCAGGAUGUUGAUAAACCACUGGGAGGUGAACAUGAUGACCAGGGUAGCUCUGAAGGUAGUGUCUUUUUCUCUGGCCUUCAGAAGGAGAUCUCUAAGGGUAAACUUGAGACAGUGAAUGAAGUGAAUGGCGAGCAUGCUUCUCCAUUUGCAAGCUCUGCGUGCUCUGAGAAAGGUCACUUUGAUUUAAAGCUGGGAACCCAGAAAAGCAACGAUGUAUAUGUAACACACUCUAGUAAGAUAGAUGGGAAUUCCCCCAAGUGUGGGGAGUCUCAUGACACUAACAUAGACAAUGGGCUCAUUAGGAAACUAAAUAUUGGGGGUACUUCUGGAGAUAUUACUGCAGCUGACAAGUCUCCAGCACCAACGAACUCGGAGGAAAAUGUUGAGUUGACCCUUUGCAGGGGUCCUAAACCUAAUGCUUCUUUUCUGAAACAUGGUAACGAUGUAAAAAUAAGUUGUAAAGAUGAUGACGAAAUUCUUUCUCAGUGCUCUCAACCGAAAAACACAGUGAAGGCAUUUAGGUCUCCAACGGAUGUUGUAGACCGUAAGCUGUUGAACACUAAAUACUGGAAGACAGCUCCAAAACUGAAGGAUUAUGAACUUUCUAAUUCAGAAGGUGGAGCCAAGCACAAUUACCCUAGCAAGAGAUCGUGUUAUGACAUAGACAGGUCUCAGCGUAACACUCCAUUCAAAAAACGGAGGUUACUUGAUCGAAGCUCGGUGGUGACAUAUGAUGGAGGCAUCAGUUGCGAAAGUGUUUCUAACUCACCUGAGAAAGGUAUAGGUGAUGAGAAGAAUGCCUCAGCUGGGAAGCUGCAUGAAGGAAAAGGGUCGCCAUCUUCAGGAUUUAGCCGCCAAAAAUCUUGCAAUUCAAGAAACUCUCAUGUGCGGCUCAGCAUUAAGUCCUUUAAAGUUCCAGAGCUCUUCAUUGAGGUUCCAGAGAGUACAACAGUUGGUUCACUCAAGAGAACUGUUUUAGAUGCUGUGACGACUAUACUUGGUGGUGGAUUACGUGUCGGUGUACUUAUGCAUGGAAAGAAGAUCCGAGAUGACAACAGAACUUUACUCCAGUCUGGUAUAUCCCAAAGUGACGAUAUGGAUACAGUUGGGUUUAUGCUAGAGCCAAAUAGUCCAGCUCAACCUUCUCCACCUUUAUGCCCUGAUGAACCUCAUGCUCCACUUCCAUGUGACUCACCUAAAUUUGUAAAUAGGUCUCAAGUUAACUCUGACAACAAUAGAUUUGUUACCAAUUCACCGGAGAAACCUCCUAUAACCGAUUCCAAAAAAUAUCCUGGAAUUAUCAAGGACUUAAUUCCAUCUCCUGCUACUGAACUGACCAACAAAAUUGUGUCCAAUUCUAAGGCUUUGGUGCCUGUUCCUGAAGCAAGCAUGGAAGCUCUAGCUGUGGUGCCUGUGCACCAGAGAUCCAAGCGUUCUGAUAUUGGGCAACGCCGUACUAGGCGACCCUUCUCUGUCACCGAGGUAGAAUCUCUUGUUCGAGCAGUGGAGAAACUCGGAACUGGAAGAUGGCGUGAUGUUAAAUUGUGCGCUUUUGAGAAUGCUAAGCAUCGAACUUAUGUUGAUUUAAAGGAUAAAUGGAAAACAUUGGUUCACACGGCAAGAAUCUCACCACAGCAAAGGAGAGGAGAGCCAGUUCCUCAAGAACUUUUAGACAGAGUUUUAGCUGCUCAGUCUUACUGGUCUGAACAUCAAGCUAAACAACAUGGAAAACAACAUCAACAACAGGGUAUAUUCCCUAAACUUACCGACGCCGUAACCGGAAAAGCGUAAUUUUUUUAAAUAAAAAUUUGUAGAUUUCUAAUUGUUGUGUAGAAAAUUGGUAGGUACAAAAUUACAGGGGGGGAAACAAAAAUAUUUGUAGAAAUUUUACAGAAACAUUCAUGUAGUAAUUUCCUUACAGAAUUUUUUUUUUUACCAUUAUUCAUUGCCAAAAUAGCUCAAUUAGUGAAGAAGCUUUUUGGCCCCUUUGUAAAUGAUUUGUAGUAACAGAAUAAGAGGGUAAAUUCCAAAUUGGAAACCCAUUGAUCAUUUGAUUUUUGUAAAGACUAUACUCCCUAUAUAGGAAAUUUUUUUUAAUGAAGUUGAGGAUCUUUCUAUGAUUGAA